AUGUCUGCAACAAAUUCUGACUCCAUUUUGGCGCAGAUGAUGAUGUCGGGCGAAUUCAGCGACCUGAUUUUCAUUUGUAGGGGCCAGGAAUUCAAAGUGCACAAAGCCAUUGUUUGUGCGCACUCUCCGGUAAUCAAAGCUGCAGUCCAGGGAGAAUUCGAGGAAUCGCAAAGCAAUGCAAUUAAAAUGGACAGCUUUCAGCCUAAGACGGUUAAGCGAUUGGUUCAAUUCAUGUAUACGGGUGAUUACGACGAAACUGAUGAAUAUGAACCAUCCGCGGCCUACCAAAACGCUUGCAUUGCUGAUGGCGUUGGCGCUGAAGAAGCCGCCGACAUGGAAAAUAAGUUUGAGCUUCGAACAGAAGGGGGCUGUAUUGCCUCUUCUUCCAGCCAGGAACUUAUGUUAUCGUUGCCAAAAUCAACAACUACUAGUUCGCUUUCGGAGCAUAUUUAUGUGAACUCUAUUGGCGAUUACUAUGGCGUUGAUAAACUUGUUUCGUUGACAAACACCAAGAUCAAGCAGCUGCUUCAGAGCGGUAAUGAAGAUGAGUCUUGCGUAGCGGAUCUUCCGAUCGCCAUUGAAGCCGCGGCGGGAUUAACCGGAAACAGGGAGUUAAUGGGAGUCUUGGCCUCGGCGACUGCAGCGAACAUUUCGAAGCUGCUCUGCCUUGAUCAAUUUAGGGAGAACAAAUUGAGUUAA